GAGGAGGAGGAGGACGACGACGACGAGGACGACGACGACGAGGAAGAGAAAGAAAAGAGUCUCAUCGUGGAAGGCAAGAGGGAAAAGAAGAAAGUGGAGAGGCUAACAAUGCAAGUCUCUUCCUUACAAAGAGAGCCAUUUACAAUUGCUCAAGGAAAGGGGCAAAAACUUUGUGAGAUUGAAAGGAUACAUUUCUUUCUGAGCAAGAAGAAAACAGAUGAACUUAGAAAUCUACACAAACUGCUUUACAACAGACCAGGCACAGUAUCCUCAUUAAAGAAGAAUGUGGGUCAGUUCAGUGGCUUUCCAUUUGAAAAAGGAAGUCUCCAAUAUAAAAAGAAGGAAGAAAUGUUGAAAAAAUUUAGAAAUGCCAUGUUAAAGAGUAUCUGUGAAGUUCUAGAUUUGGAGAGAUCGGGUGUAAAUAGUGAACUAGUGAAGAGGAUUUUGAAUUUUUUAAUGCAUCCAAAGCCUUCUGGCAAACCGUUGCCAAAAUCUAAAAAAUCCUCUAGCAAAGGGAGUAAAAAGGAACGGAACAGUUCUGGAAUGGCAAGAAAGGCUAAGCGAACCAAAUGUCCUGAAAUUCUGUCAGAUGAAUCUAGUAGUGAUGAAGACCCAAAGAAAAACAAAGAAGAGUCUUCAGACGAUGAAGAUAAAGAAAGCGAAGAGGAGCCGCCAAAAAAGACAUCUAAAAGAGAAAAACCCAAACAGAAAGCUACUCCUAAAAGUAAAAAAUCCGUAAAAAGUGCUAACGUUAAGAAAGCUGAUAGCAGUACCACCAAGAAGAAUCAGAACAGUUCUAAAAAAGAAAGUGAGUCCGAGGAUAGUUCAGAUGAUGAGCCUUUAAUUAAAAAGUUGAAGAAACCACCUACAGAUGAAGAGUUAAAGGAAACAGUAAAGAAAUUAUUGGCCGAUGCUAACCUAGAGGAAGUCACAAUGAAGCAGAUUUGCAAAAAGGUAUAUGAAAAUUAUCCUGCUUACGAUUUAACUGAAAGAAAAGAGUUCAUAAAAACAACCGUUAAAGAGCUCAUUUCUUGAGACAGAGGACAGAGACUGAGGACUUGUUCCCAUAGAUUUGAAGAUCUGAUUUAUACCAUUAUACCAGCAAAGAGAGAAUGUAUUUUCUUUUCUAAAUCCUCGUUAAGCAUCGUGUUGGUAGACCUCCUUACUGCUGACCCUUUUAUCUUGAGUGUUACACAAAUUUGAGUUUGUUAUUUAAAAUUGCAUUUCUGUGCAGUUUUUAGUUUAAACUCUUGCAUGGCAGUACCUGUCCCUUGCUUUAUAGUUGUAUUUUGUACAUUUUGCAUUUCUUUAUAUAAGGUCAUAGACUGAACUGUUGUGGUUUUUAGUGCACUUAAUAAUAGCUUGCUUAAGACAUACUUUUAAUCAAGUAGAAAAACUAUUGUGGCUAGCAUUUAUACAUGCAGAGACUAUUGCAGUAUUUAGUAUAUGAAAUAUUUUGAAUACACAUCUGUCCUCUUGGUGGCAGUGUUCAGUAUAUUAGAAAUACACAGGCUCCAGCUGUCCAGACAACUGAAUUGGAACUUUUCUCUUGCAUGUAUAUAUGUGUCAAAUUGUCAGCAUGACAAAAGUGACAGAUACUAUUUUUGUAUUUUUAAAAACCAAUUUGUUGUAUAUAAAGUUUUUUAUUUGUCUUGUGCAAAUCACUUUUUAAACUCACACAGGCAGGUGUGGGAUGUCAAAUGUCAGUGUUCAGCCAGGUGGGAUGAUGGAGCAGAGAAAGGCAGAGUCCGGUGACGGGACACAGGAGCAGUUCCCUGCUCCGCCUUGAGCGUGUCAUUAGUGUGUAUGUAAUGUUAGUGUUAACUCUGCAGGUAAAGUGUCUACGGAGGAAUUUUAUAUUAAGGACAGACCAACACAUCAAAGCUUCAAAACCUUUGGGAAAGGGUGGGAUUGAGUACAAGCACAUUUGGGUUAUCAUAAUGAACUGAUUUUUAUUAAAUGCCUUUGUCCAUAUGAAAUGGGGAUAUUAAUACGAAACCUGCCACCUUCAUAAUUGGAUAAAACCACCAGGUAUGAUGCCAGCAGAUUACAUGUAGGCAAUAGUGGGUUUCCUUCACAAUGUGUUUCUCAAAAGCAUUCAUAGAAAUUUCAGCAUUUAAAAAACGUAUUAUGGAAUCAGGCUGUUGUGUUUUAAAUUUUGGCCAAUCAAGGUGAUCAACUUAUGGACCACUCCCAGAGAAGAUUAAUUUUGUCUUUUAAACUGACUGCAAUCAGUUCAUUAUAUAAUAUGCUCUGACUUUUAAAAGAAAACAUGCGGCUUAUGGCAGAAUUAGACUCUUGGUACCAAUUGAAUGCUUAAAACUAUCUGCAUCAUAGAACAGAAGCAUAAACAUGAUAUAUAUUAAAUGGCAGUUUUCACGGGUUUGACUUAUUUCUUGAUAUAAGACACUUAGGGAAAAGUCCACUUAAUACUUUUGAAGGGAAUAAGCAACUAAAUGAGAACUGACAAUUGGCCUUUGAUUUAAAAUGUCUAAUUUGUUCUUAUAAACCUUGUCAAUAAAAAUAGUAUAAACCAGUGGUAUCUUAA